AUGGCAACACUCACCCUGUCCCCGCGGCUUGUCCGCCUCACCACCCUCGGCCAUCUCUCUCGCGCGACCGUCCUUUCCACCCGGGUAUUCGCCUCACGAUACAGCACGAGCGCCGAAGAAGAAAUCAUCAAGGUCCAGCAAAUCCCAGCCCCGGGUUCCGGGCAUGUUCGCGUGCUGCUGCUUAAUCGGCCCAAAGCCCGCAAUGCGAUCUCGCGACAGCUACUGGAAACCCUCUCCAAGCAGGUGAACUCCAUCGCCGCAGAGAAUGGCAAUGGACCAACCCGGGCCUUGGUGGUGGCAAGCAACGUCGACGCUUCCUUCUGUGCCGGUGCAGAUCUCAAGGAGCGUGCUAAAAUGACACAUGCUGAGACUGAGCAAUUCCUCGAAAAGCUCCGCGCCACCUUCAAGGCCCUCGCCGGCCUCCAAAUUCCCACCAUCUCCGCAAUCUCUUCUAUGGCUCUGGGCGGCGGCCUCGAGCUCGCGCUCUGCACUCACCUCCGCGUAUUCGGCUCCUCCAGCACCGUCGGUCUACCCGAGACUCGCCUCGCGAUCAUUCCAGGCGCCGGAGGUACCUACCGUCUGCCAGCCCUGAUCGGGCCCACCCGGGCACGCGACCUCAUUCUGACAGGGCGACGGGUUUCCGGACCCGAGUCGUACUUUAUCGGACUCUGUGAUCGCUUGGUGGAGGUGUUACCCGAGGAAGGGCAACAAGAAGGCGUGGCGCGUGAGAAGGUUCUCCGGGAGAGUAUCAAGUUGGCAUUGGAUAUCUGCGAGGGUGGACCUAUUGCCCUGAAGCAGGCGUUGCUGGCUGUGCAGGGAUCUGCCUUGGGCGAGGUGGCGGAGAAUCAGGCUUAUGAGGGGGUGAUUGAGACUGAGGAUCGAUAUGAGGCUCUGCGUGCUUUUGCGGAGAAGCGCAAGCCCGCUUUCCGGGGGCGGUAG